CAUCAUGAGCAUGGCUGCUGAUAACCAUGAGAGGUGAGUGCAGUCAGGUCAUUCUAAGAAAACAGUCUACUGCACUGCCGCACACAGCCACACAUAUCUAGUAAAUCUGAUCACCACAAGUUUGGAAAUUGGAGCAAGAGGAAAAUGUCCAGCCAGCACCAAGAACUAACUCAAAAUCCACUUCAGAAGAUCUGGAUCCCACCAAAGAGUAGCCGUCUGCAGCAGCGACGGGGCUCUUCAGUUCCUCAGUUUACAAACUCCCCAACCUUGAUAGUGAUGGUGGGACUUCCUGCCCGAGGCAAGACUUACAUUUCCACUAAGCUGACAAGAUACUUGAACUGGAUCGGUGUCCCCACAAAAGUUUUCAAUCUAGGCCAAUACCGCAGAGCGGCUGUGAAGACUUACCAGAGUUAUGAAUUCUUCAAAUCUGAGAAUGAAGAGGCCAUGAAAAUACGGAAACAAUGUGCACUAGCAGCACUGGAAGAUGUUGACAAUUACCUCUCCUUGGAGUAUGGACAAGUUGCGGUUUUUGAUGCUACCAACACAGUCCGAGAGAGGCGAGACCUUAUUCUCAGUUUUGCUAAGAACAAGGGAUUUAAGGUGUUUUUUGUGGAAUCGAUUUGUGGUGAUCCAGAUGUCAUUGCUACUAACAUCAUGCAGGUGAAGCUGACUGGACCUGACUAUGAAGACUGCAACAAGGAGGAAGUAGUUGAAGACUUCCUGAAGAGGAUUGACUGCUAUAAGACCACAUAUGAACCCCUGGAUGAAGAGAUAGAUGGACAAUUGUCCUAUAUUAAGAUCUUUGAUGUUGGCAAACGCUAUCUUGUAAACCGAGUACAGGAUCACAUCCAGAGCCGGAUUGUGUAUUACCUAAUGAACAUUCAUAUUGCACCACGGUCCAUCUACAUCUGCCGCCAUGGUGAGAGUGAACUGAAUGUGCAACAGAGGAUUGGUGGAGACUCGAGCCUCACGAAGUGUGGCAUGGAGUUUGCAUCUGAAAUGGCAAAAUUUAUCAAAGAGCAGAACAUCAAAGACCUGAAGGUUUGGACAAGUCACAUGAAGCGAACCAUUCAAACUGCUGAAGCCUUGGGAGUACCAUAUGAGCAGUGGAAGGCACUCAAUGAAAUUAAUGCUGGUGUUUGUGAAGAGAUGACAUAUGAAGAAAUUGAACAGAAAUAUCCACGGGAGUUUGCACUGCGAGACCAUGAUAAAUACCGCUAUCGGUAUCCAAAAGGAGAGUCAUAUGAAGAUCUGGUUCAACGUCUGGAGCCUGUGAUUAUGGAAUUAGAAAGGCAAGAAAAUGUGCUGGUCAUCUGUCAUCAAGCUGUCAUGCGUUGCCUUCUUGCUUAUUUCCUUGACAAAACUGCAGAUGAACUGCCAUAUGUCAAGUGUCCCCUUCACACUGUCCUCAAACUAACUCCCGUGGCUUAUGGCUGCCAGGUGGAGUGCUUUCCCAUAGGUGAAGAAGCUGUUGACACACACAGGGAGAAGCCUGUUGAUGCCAAGCUUUCCUCGGAAGCAGAAGAAGCUUUGUAUGCAGAUCUUAACUUGUUGCGCUUAGGUGCAGCUGUAUAAUUACAAAUAAAAUGGUGUGCUCGGUGCCCAUUCCCUUCUGAAACUCAUUUGAAGUAUACCUCAUAAGUAUCUGGUUGUACAGUGAUGUCUGAUGAUGUAAUAGUACCUUUUGUUCAUGUGGAAAUAAUUCUGCACUGAGCAGCCUUUGGGAUUUUUAAUUAAAUCACUGAGAUGUUAACAGCCA